GCCACUGCGCUGGAAUCAUGAAGCUGGAACCAAAACAAUAAUGCGGGCGCCAGUCUUUGUCCUGUUUGCUGUUGGUCCCGCAUGCGCUGGUGCUGACUAUCUCAGAUGUCCGGCAAGAGCACCACUUCCGGGUUCAUCCUGUGAUGACGCUUGCGAGGCCCUGGUUCAACCGCCCUGGCGGCGGUGUUUAGGCGGUGCCCCAUGCACUAGAAUGGGGCUUGGAUCAGCGCCGAAACUACUGAGGGACCCAAGAUACUGAGGAGGGACCCAAGAGCAGUGUUUUCGUGGGGUGCACACCUCAGGAUGAAGACAUGCACCCGUGAACCAUGACACUCAUGCCAGGGCGACCAGCCAUUGUUGCAGGCCGCCUUUGGCAAGCCCUCUGCACUCUGGCACCAUCUUAUGGCUGUCCCCUACCAUUCAUUCCAUAUGGAGUUUUAAUAUCUUCUGUGGGGGAAGAUGCUGCAGGUCAUGCCGUCGACGGCCUUGAUCGGCAGAAACCAAC